CUGAGCAAUCAAAUCUUACAGACCGUGUAUUUUUUCUAAAAAUGUCUUUAAUUGGCCAGCAAAGUGUUAAUAUGAGGAUCGUGUGAAGGGUAAAACAGACACACACAAAGUCUCAGACUUCAUGAAAAACAAAACAAAGUUUGUCUUUGUAAAUAUGGUGGUGAUGUCUGCUCACCGACGGGAAGUCAUAUUUACUAACUUUUUUUUAUUUUUUUUAUUUACCAUACAUCACUGCAUCACAACCAAUGGGCUACUUCAGAGCAAACCGAAAUGUCAUCGGGAUGACGUUGUUGCUGGCGUAGGGCUGCAGUUUGAUGGCUCCUACUAAAUGAAUGCAGUGGGAAUGGACGAGCAAGACACGCUGCUGGUCAGACAGUGCGCGCUGCUGACCUCCGCACACGUUAUCAGUUCAUCAGGAUUUCUUAUCACAUUUUACCUUCAGAGGAUUUCUGCCUGAUUGUUUUUUCUUUGCAGGGAUACGUGUUGGGUGAUCCUUCUUAUUGUAUUCUUUAUUGUAGGACGCGAGUGGUCCCAGAGGGCACAGCAUGCUAUCGUCCCUGAAGACCCUGCUGCUGCUCUUGAUCCUGUGCACGCCGACCUCCAGUCUGUGCCUGCGCCUCUACCAAACCCGCGACGACUUCGUGUGCGACGACCAGACGGCAGUCGGUGUCCGGAACGACGUGGACGGCUGGGGGUCCCUCCUGCAGUCCGCGGAGUAUCUCUCCUCCUCCUCCUCCACUUCUUCUGCCGAAUCCAGUCGGGAAAAAAGGACUUCAAGUCCCGCAAACUACCGCUUCGUGAGCCGGACGAAGCUUAGAGGGCAGAUGCUCCGCAACAACAGCAAAGGGCACCGGAGGAGCAGACUGACCCUGUCCCUUGACGUCCCGACCAACAUCAUGAACGUCCUCUUUGAUGUCGCUAAGGCCAAAAACUUGCGAGCCAAGGCGGCCGAGAACGCGCGCAUGCUGGCUCAUAUUGGACGGAGAAAGUGAACAUGUUGGACAACUUAGAUGUAACAGCCAUGAUCAGUGUUGGCCUCCUCGAUACUCAAAUGUAAUGAAUUACUUCGUAUUGACUUUUACAUUAGGCUGUUGGUAUUAAUUUGUUUCUCCAGGGGAAGAUUAUUUUAUUUCCACUCACACAUUACAGGUAAAAGAAGCAUGUUUGCAUAUUUGAGUUGCUCUCAUGUUAAAGGUGCUGCAAAAGUCUUCUGUUAUUAUUUUUUUCCCAAAACACCAGAAACCUCCUUUUCGGACUGUGAGCUGUUACUAAAAGUUGAAUGAUGAAUUUUUGGUUUAUGUUUUCGGACAACUCAGCAUUAAACUAAUAAAUGAUACAAUAGUUGGCUGCAUACAUGUAGUAAAACUAUAACAUUUACAAAGUUCUUUACUCUUAACUUCACUUUUAAAGUUUUAUUUAUAGUCUACAGUUUUGGUUAAAACCAUAUUUGUGGUGGGAAUAAUUCAUGUAUUUCUCAUCACUAUCAGAAAUGUUGUAGCAACAAAGUAACUAUCUUUAAUCAAGAAAUAAGGUUAAGAGCAAUAUGGAGUUAUUUUACUUGUAUCAAGAUUAUGGACAUUUCCGUCAAGCAAACAUGAGACAUGAUUUGCAUUAACAUUAAUUACAUUAAUUGUCUCACCCUUUGGCAGAUUCCUUUCAAAUCUGAAAAGAAGAUUUUAAGGCUCAUGGACUUUUACAUUUCCCUGUCAAGAUGAGCAUGAGCUGCAAAGCAGGACUGCUUUUAGUAAAGACAAGCCCUUAGAUUUUUGUUGUCACAUUUUAAAUGUUGGACUAAACAAGAAGAGCAAAGCUGCACAGUUGUUCAGAGGGUCACAUGGGAGCCUAUGAUGGUUCUAGAUUCUUGUUUGAAACAUCGACAGUGGCAGAAACACCACACUGAACACUGACUGUACAAACCAACUGCAAGAUCCUAAAAUACAGUAAAAAUGCAAGUGCAUGAGAAUAUACAGUAUGUGUUCAUCAGAUGUCUGUUAUUUUUGUACUCAAAAUAAAAGAUUAUUUUUCCGCAAAUAAAGCAGAUGUAACUAACGACAUUUGCCCUUUUUUAUAUACAGUAUUUUGAACCAUGGUAUCCAUACAAUAUUCCUGUAUAUAUAAUUCCUCUACUAUCGUUAAGGCUAAUAUUAGAGCCUGAAUGAUACAUCAGCAUGUCCAGUUUUAUUGGCAAAU